AUGAGGUUUGUUAGAUUCGCCAUCGACCUGGCAUCGGUCCUGAAUGCCUCACGGUCCGUGGCAACCAAGCAUGUCGCGUUGCGAGGUAGGCAGCUGGAGUCUCUCAACAGGACAUCCGGCAUCGCCGCUUCACUGAAGAGUCGAAGGAUCCGUCCUUCAGCAGAACCACUGGAAGCGCCAACACCGGCGGCUCCAACUACAGCCACCCAAGAUGCACCAUCUGCAACGCCCGCAGAGACAGGACCUAUCGUUGCCAAUGAUGCUGCCUCAUCAGCGCAAGUCGCACAGCAAGCUACGCAUGUACCGCACAAAUCUACAGCGUCUCCAUCUCCGGGCUUCAGUCACGCAGCAGGUCUACACCCUGAUUCGAGCUCCGUGCUCUCGCAAUUGAGGCAAACUAAGCCUACAGUAUCGCAAUGGUCUGAUGCAUCUCCCUUGGAAUCAAGCCAGCGCACCCCGGACGCUGGCCUGGCGCAGGCUCUGGAGUCUCAAAAGCCAUCAUCAGCACCAAAGGGUCCUGACGAAUCGGAGGAUGUACCCCCCGGAAUCGACGUCAACAUUUUCCACACCAAACGAGGAUCCGGCCUGCUGGGGGAUCUCGGAGCGAGGGAAAAGCCAAAGCCCACGGGGUUGCCCGAAUUCAUGCAGCAUUCUCAUUCAGUAUCGUCCAAGCCACAUGCGAAACCCGUUCCACCCACUCCAACGCCUCAGACUUUACCCAGCACCAAGGCAGAGCCAGUUGGCGGCCCGGCCAGCCAGGAUGCCAACCAGUCACUCCAGGCUGCUCUCGACAAAGUCGAAGCAACUAGCCCUGCGCCUCAAAAGACGGAUGUUGAGGCAACCCGACCCGUCCAUGUCCUGAGAGAAUCCAAGGUACCCUCGUCACGGAUGGGUCGCCUCUGGAACUAUGGCGGCCUCGCAGCAGGAAUCAUGGGCGGCGCCAUCACGGAGGGCAUCGGGCGGGCUUUUGGUGGAAGCGGCACAGGGUCUGUGUUGCUGAGUGCCGGAAACAUGGAGCGGUUGGUCUCCAAGCUCUCGAAGAUGAGAGGCGCGGCACUGAAGCUCGGGCAGAUGAUGAGCUUCCAGGACUCCAAGAUGCUCCCGGCACCUUUGCAAGAGGUCCUUCAGAGGGUUCAAGACCGGGCGGACUACAUGCCCGCAUGGCAGCGGGACAAGGUCUUGGUCGCAAACUUGGGACCCCAAUGGCGAGAUCUCUUUGAGGAAUUUGAGGAGAAGCCAAUCGCCGCAGCGUCCAUUGGUCAGGUCCAUCGAGCCAUUUUGAAGGAAGGCAGCCGACGCGUUGCUGUCAAGAUCCAAUUCCCUGGAGUGGCCGAUUCGAUCAACUCAGAUCUCGACAACCUGAGUAUCCUGCUGACGGCCACCAAACUGCUGCCCAAGGGUCUCUACUUGAACAAGACGAUCGACAAUGCUCGUUUGGAGCUGGGCUGGGAGUGCGACUACGAGCGCGAGGCGCAAUGCGCCAUCCGCUACAAGGAGCUUCUUGCUAACGACCAGGACACAUUCCUAGUGCCUACUGUCUACCUGGAAGCGUCGGGGAAGCAGGUCUUGACCAUGGACUUCAUGGACGGUGUUGGCGUAACCCGAAUCAAGUCCUUCACCCAGGACCAGAAGGACUGGAUUGGCACCCAGAUCCUACAGCUGUGUCUUCGCGAAAUCACCGAGUUCCGCUUCAUGCAGACCGAUCCCAACUGGACCAACUUUUUGUACAAUGCCAAGACCAACAAGCUCGAGCUGCUCGACUUUGGCGCCUCGCGCGAGUACCCCGACACGUUUGUCAAGCAGUAUGUACAGCUUCUGGCUGCUGCAUCUCGCUCCGAUCGCGAGACGGUAAAGAGCCUUUCGGAGAGCCUGGGAUACCUCACGGGCCACGAGAGCCGAGUCAUGGUUGAUGCACACAUUAAAUCCGUGCUGACGCUGGCGGAGCCGUUCCUCGCCUCGGCGCCCGAGGUUUACGAUUUCAAGGACCAGAGUAUCACUGAGCGCGUCAAGGCUUUGAUCCCGGUCAUGCUUGCGGAGCGCCUAGCACCUCCACCUGAGGAGACAUACAGCCUUCACCGAAAGUUGAGCGGCGCUUUCUUGCUAUGCGCCAAGAUGGAGAGCAAGGUUAGAUGCAAGGGGAUGUUUGAGGAGAGCCUGAAGAAAAACGGCUUCAUGUAA